AUGACAGUAACUAGUUCUACCCCUGCUAGCUCUACAUAUGUUCCAGAUCCUUCUGGUCCUUUAUUCAUACAUCCCUCUGAUGUUCCGAGUACUUGUUUGGUGCAAGUUCCAUUUUCUGGAAUCGGGUUUGGGGGUUGGAAGAGAAAUAUGAUAGUGGCAUUGUCAGCAAAAAAUAAGAUAGCUUUUAUAGAUGGAACAUGUUCUAAGCCUGCUGAUGAUGCUCCUGAAUUACGACUUUGGAAUAGAUGUAAUAAUAUGGUAAUAUCUUGCCUAAAGCAUUUGAACCAACUUGAAAAACGAUAUGGAACUGUAAAUGGAACCAAAGUUUUUGAGAUUAAAAAAGAGUUAGCCUCUAAUUGUCAAGGGUCUCUUGAUAUAGCAUCAUACUUUAACAAAUUAAAGAAGUUGUGGGAUGAGUUGGCUUUCAUCCGAAAGAAUCGUGUGAGUUCGUGUAAUUGUGCUGCUAAAUCUAGUUUACAACAGGAGUUAGAGGAAGACAAGGUAUACCAAUUUUUAAUGGGGCUCAAUGAAACUUAUGUUGGUAUUAGGGGUAAUCUUCUUAUGAUGCAACCACUACCUUCACUUGAUACUGUUUACAAUAUCUUACUCCAAGAUGAGAGUCAAAGACAUGUGAAUUCUACUCCUCAAUUCAAUUCAGAGUCAGCCUCCUUCAAUGCAAAUGCUAGUCACUUUCCUAAGCCUCUUCUUCCACCACCAAAACAACAAUACAACCAAAGGGUAGCUUUUGACCAGAAGAUGCAUGUUGAUCAGACCAGGGGUUCUUUAUUCUGCAGAUACUGCAAAAAACCUGGACAUUUGAUUGACAAAUGUUAUAAACUUCAUGGUUUUCCCUCUAAUUUCAAAUUCACUAAGAGUAGAAGAACUGCAGCAAAUGCAACAAAUGUUACUACUGAACCUGAGUCUUCUGAUGGUGGAUAUUAUAACAUUGCUGGUUCUUAUCAUUCUGGUGUCUCUAGUUCUCCUGAGCACGUUCCGUGA